AUGCAGCACGCCGGCAGCACUGAUGCAGCAACUAUGCAGCUUUCAUGCAACACUUGUGCGCCUCUGACGCAGCAGGCGAGCGGUCCACGAAUGACUGCUGCAAUCAACUUCUCUCUCCUAUCUAACAAUGCCAAACGACUCGCUCGAUCUCUCAACCUCACCAUCGACCAAAUCGAUCUAUGCCCGGAUGACGAUUUCAUCGAUAUUGAAACAAUUGUUGACAACGAGUACUGGGUGGGAUGGACGUUCUAUCCACCAGAACCAAGUACCGGUGUACAACCAGUACGUGGUACUGUGCCAAUCUAUGUGCCCAGUCGUGUGAAAGCAGCGAAGAAUUUUGAGGAUAUAAUGGAUUUUGAGAAUCCGGGAAUGAGUAUUUCAGAAUGGUUGAAACUAAUCAUUGAGGUGUUUAACCAUAAGCCUUAUCUGAGUAUUGUAUUGACGAAACCGGACUGUCUUUUUGAUAUGAAAUCUAUUAGGGAUACCGUGAAAGGAUUUAACGUGGACGGGCUCAUUUUUACUGAGCAGUGUAGCAUAGAGUGUGCUCAGCUGGCUUUGAAGAACAUGCCAGAAUCAAAAACUGUGUUUGUCGAUGGUCCCGCUUUCAAAAAUCCAGUUGAGUAUCAAGAUAUCCUCAUACAGAAUGUGGAUUUUCUAACUAUUAGUUCUCUUGAUCUCGAUUUGAAAAUCUCUCUAGAUGAGAUGCUUCUUAUCAACAGCAAAUGGAUAAAGAUUAAUUCAAGACACGUCACCGAUAAGAUGAUCAAUCGAUACCUGAAACAUUGGAUUCAAGGUUCAAACCCGAGAAUGAGAUAUAUAAGAAUCGAGUUCGAACCGAAUCGAAUUUUGGAUGAAGAAGUGAUUCUGAAGGGUCUGAAAUAUAGCAGAGCCCAACCAAACCGGAAGAAAUAUUUUAGGAUGAUAGAAUACGAGGGAGUGGUCACAGCAGAAGGAGGCAUUGAUAUCCAUCGAAAGGAUGGAACGGAAGGGAUGAUUGCGUUUGAAGAUCUCAGGGGGAAUAGUUGCUUUGUUUUCUAUGUGUCCAACUGA